CAUUGAGAUAGCUUCGAUAAAAUACCGAAAGACCGAGUGAAAGCGAUUGUAUAACCGAAAUUAUCGAAGGAAAAUCAUCCAAACCCAACGAGGUUGAUUUGAAAAAUAUACAUCUCGUGUGUGCAAUGAAAAUCGUCGAUUAUUAAACUUUCUAUCUAUAAAUACGCUAUAAAAACUAGUCGAGAAAAAAAAAACACGAACGUGGCCAAAUGUGGGGACAUUUUGAGUGUUGAAAUUAAUAAAUGCUUUUCAACGAACGCUGUCUUAUAAUUAAUUCCACUGUCUUUAACUUGAACGUGCUAUUUUUGUGGAAAAAUAAAAAAAAGUGUUUGAAUUUGACAAAAAAUAAAGAGAAGAUUCGAAAGAUGAACUGCGAAUAGAACAUAAUAAGCAAAAAAAAAAAACGCUGCAAUGAAUAUCGGAUUUUGUAAUAAUACCGAGGGAAUUAAUAAGUAAUUACCGCUUUGUUUUCAAGUCGCAGUGAAAAUACACGAAACAAAAAGGGAAACGACAGAGUGUGCAUCAUUUGUCGGCGUGAAAAGCAAAUCUAUUUGACAGUUUUAUAUAUUCUCCCUUUCUAUAUGUGCGCGUUUGUGAAUUUUUGCCGCUGGCAAGUGCAAAAAAGGAAAAUCGACGGGAACCAACAAAAACCAUACCAUUCCAUGUGUAUUUUGUCAUAAACAUUGUGAAAGUGAGAUUGUGUAUGGACGAACAAUUUAUUUUUGUUAUUUUCACCCACAAAAACUCGUUGGGACUCGCUUUUUUCUUCUCGUCAAGCGAUAAAACUGUAAAGAUAAAAAUGAUGGCAUUUUUAAAACUAAAAUUGAAUUCUUGCUGAAGUUUUAUUUAUGUGCAAGCAACAACACAUCAAAAACAAACAAAAAAUGAUGUGAAAACAGAAAAAGUGAUCAAAAACAAAGCAACAACAAGAGAAACAAGAAUACAAACAAAUCAUUCAUCGUUUUGAAAGUCUCCCAAACAGAAAGACAAGAGGCAGCAAGAACCCUGAGUGUGUGGAGCGUAAGAGAGAACGAGUUCGAGAGAGUGAAACCGAAAGAGAGUGAGAGAGCACCAACGUGAUAAGGACAUAAACACGUACAUAAAUUACAAAAGCUUCUAAUUCAAUGAGAUGAGCGCCUUACAACAAAUGAAAAACUUGCAACAAAUAUAAAACGGCCACAAUAAAUCAACGUGUUCGUGUGUACACCCUUUCUAUAUUGUGUGAUUGUUUUGUAUUUUUUGUUGUUGUUGUUUGGUGAUUGGUGUUUUGGUAUUCAAUCCACUUGCUUCUUGUUUGUACUUCUUCGACCAAUGACAUCGGUGUAAUAUGACGAAGCAUCGAAACCGAGUCAUUUUGUAAAUAAGCAGAGCGAUUGCAUACAGUGCCGUGCCGUCUUUAAGACUUGUGUGCAGGUUCAAGUGUAUAAAGGCAGGAAUACGAGCUUUUACUCGCUCUCUCUCUCUCUCUGUCUCUGUUAUUGAACAGAGUUGUGCGAAAUGAUGCGGUUAAAACGCAUAGUAUGACUGAUCAAACGAAGAAUUUAAAAUUUCGUUUGAAUAAUUAUCAUACUUAUCAUUAUGAGAUGAGUACGAUUUUCUAUUGUGAACGUCUGACAACGAUUGAAACAAAUUAUUCGAAUAAGCGACAAAAAGAUAAUAAUCGUUCAAGAAAACGUUGCAACUGGAAUAUCAAUACUGAUUUUUGUUCGACAAACAGCACGCUAUUCAUUUCAACCAUACAAAUAUCUAAUCAACAGUCCGAAGAAGAAGUAAAGAAUUGAAAAGAAAAAGAGGGGGCAAAAAUCGAACCAAAAACAGGGCAAAUAUUUCUUUUGUACGUAAAAAAGCGAUAAAAUAAUGAAAUAAAAUCAUAAAAAAAGGAAUCUCUAAAUAGCCAAAUCAUAAAAAGAAAAACCAAAAGAACGAAGAGGUAAAGAAUGUAUGUGGAUACGAGCAAGAGCACAAUAGCAAGAGAUUCAAUAUACACAUACAGUACAACCGAUGCAACAAACAAGUAUAGAUAGAUACAUAUAGAGAAAGCAAGAGAAGAAAGAAAAAAAUUGACAUACUCAUUGGAAAAGGACGAAAGUUCCCAGUGUGAGAUUGGACGAGUGGAAAUAGUGUGUUAAGCAAAACACAGUCUUAUAGCGAUCGAAAGCAGCAGAAACAACAAUAAAAAAAAGUAUUACAAAAGGAAACCACAGACAAAAUAAAUGAGAUUAAAUUCCGAACAUCCAAUAACAAUCGAAAAUAAACAAAAACCAAAAAGGAUAUACAAAAGAAUUGACAGAAAGGAUCGAUCCAAAAACGAAAAAGAAAAAGUAAGAUAGAGGGGGGAGCGAAGCUUUAACAACAAAAAAUAAACAGUAGCAACAAAAUUGCGGAUUAGAAAUCGCAAAGCAACACUGUUGUAAUCGAAGUUAUAUGUAAUAAGAGCAGAUCGGAGUGACACAUUGAAAUUGGCCAAUAAUAUGACUUGGACAAUCCAUUGAGCUGCACGGCAACCACAUCAUACACCAGAGAUAAGAAUAGAUAUGCGUAUCACCAUCCUCAUCAUUGUCAGUGAUUUGAUUCAAGAAAUUGAGAGAGAAAAAAUAUAGAGAGUGUGUGUGUGAAGAGCAGCAGCAGUAGCACAACAUUAACGCAAUUUACAAGAGACGACACAACUGGACUGCAGCCAUAAACGUGACGAUAACAACAAACUCAUACACAUAAAGCUUUCAAAAGAACGAAUAUCCGAAUCACAUUGAGCAGAGGAGAGAAGAAAAAAACAUUUCCCUCACAUCGAUUAUGUAGCCAGUGUGUGUGCGUUGCCGUUCCUUCUGAUUCCACUUUUUGGCACACAUUUUAAUUCACACUCACCAUCAUUGUUCUUCACAUCAUUUCACUAUCAUCACACUGAAUAGAUUUCGCUUGGAUCGACAAACGUUUUGGCUUUCAUGGUCAUCGAAACGCACAUUAAUCCGUAACGCGAAUGCAUCGAUAAAAAGACAAAAAGGAUAGAGCGGGAGAGUGUGUGUGAGAGAGAGAGCAAAGGCAAGAAAGAAGAAAACCAUAUUCGGCAUUAAUUUCCUCUGGCUGUCAAUUAUCCUAUAGUGUACGCAUUCUCUUUCAUUUCUUUUAGUCGAUUCCAUUAUCUCUCAUUGUUGAAAUCUUCGGUAUUUCGUCAGUUCAACUCCAUCGAACAAGCCCCGUAAGCAACAACAAAAACAAAUAUAACAGAACAAAAAAAUAAUUGGUAAUUUGGCGUCGAUUGAAUCCAUUAUCGCCUGCUUUGUGUUCACGCAGUGACGAUUCAACGUGAAGAAAAUGUUAUCAAACUCAAAUGUGUUCAUUCUAUUGAUUUUGAUAAUACAUUCAAUAUUGUUCGAAUUCACAUUAGCUAAUUUAGUUGCAGUGAAUGCACAUGCUAAAUUCGAUGAAACGAAAAUUACGACGAUCGAAACGGUGACCACCGCCACAUCAACAUCAUCAUCAUCAUCAACCACAACAGCAUCAUCAUAUGUGGCCCAUUUCAUCGAUGGCCAAAGUCGAACAACAACGACAAAAACAGCAUCAUCACGCAUUAAAGAUAAAAUAGCCAACAUAAAAGUGACGACCACGAAAGAUCCAUUAGAGACAGGAAAUCGUAAACAAUUUCCAAGCACAAUCAACGAAUACAAUUCAAUAGCAACAACACAUCGCGUAACUAUUAUCAAUACAAUACCCACGACGACAUUGCCAUUAGAUCGAGCAACAAAAUUUAACGAAAUUCCAUUUAAUGCGACUAGCACAAAAAAUGCUCAUAAUGGUUUGACAAAGUUUGAAAUGGUGUCAAGCACCUUGGCAAAUAAAAAUGCGACCAUUUCACCGCAAACGGAAGAACCUACACUCGACCCAAAGCCAUUACUGACAUCAGCAUCAACACCAAACACACUCAAGCAGCAAUUCAACCAUCAAGGAAAUCUGGAAAUAAAUUCAAACCAAAGUCGUUCACAUGCGAAUGCACAAAAUCGUAGUAGUUCGUUAAUGGGAAGCAAUAAUCAAAUCAUUGACGAUAACGACAACACCAACAUAAAAACGCUUGAUUAUCUUAAUGGUCAUAGCAAUGAUGAUAAAACUGAUUAUGUGAAUUCUAACAUUCAUCUACUACCUCAAUCGGAUGCACCGUCAUCGUCAUCAGCUGCUUCCAUGAAUCCAUCAUUAUCUGAAACGAAUAUGAAAUCGACACGAUCAGAUGUUGUCUAUUUUGUUGUCGCUGUUAUCGGCGGUGCAAAAAUUUGGGCACGUACACUAGCACAAACUCUUAGUGAUAUGGGACCACCAUUUAAUGAUUCAUCGGGAUCUCCGCUUCGGCCAAUAUAUGUUGAUUUACCAACAAACGGAAGAUUCUCUGUGAAUGUGCUUCUAUCGUUGUGUCAGCAAAGUGAAAAGCGUCCAUUAGCCGGUGUUGUAGUCAUCGGAAAUGGACAGUCAGCACAUGCAAUUGCUCAUGCUGGUUCAGCGAUGCAGUUACCUGUUUUAUGGGCAAAGGGUGGAACAACUAAUUUACAUGAAAUACAUCCAGAGGCAUCUCUGCAAGCGCUACUUCAACCAUCAGCUAUCGAAAUUUUUGAAGCGGUACGAUCUUUAUUCCUACAGACACAUUGGCACUCGUUUUUUGUACUGUCUGAUGUUCAAGCAACGAACGUCAUGAAUGUUAAGGAUAAUCCGUUGAAGAGACCACCACUGGUACCAACUAUUGUACCGUUGCCGAGGAACAACGAGGAUGUGUUCAAGCAAUUAGCCCAAAUAUCUCGUUCAACAAGGGGUGUUAUACUAUUGUUGGGUAAUGUGCAAGCCACUAGGCGGAUUAUGACUGAAGCGCAUCGCCUCAAUAUGGUCGGGGGCCAUUUCAUAUGGUUGUGGAUCGAUACGAGCACAUCAACUGGAUAUUUUCAUCAAGCAACGGUGCCAGUGAGACAAUCAUCAAAACCGCAACACCAAACAACCCGAUCAAAGGCAAAUGCCAGUAGUGUUAGCGGCACAACAUCAAAAAGUGGCUUAGAGCCAAAAAGUGAAAAUCGAAAAAGUUCCGAUAAACAAAUGCAAACAUCAACACCAACUUACGAUGGUGAUGUGUACGAUGUAAAUAGCCCGAAAAAAAUGCAAUCAACGAAAGUACGACAAAGCUCGAAUCGUAGUGGAGAAGAAACGGCUCUGGAAGCCGAUGAAGAUGAUGGUUCGUCGUCAUCGUCAAAAGUGAAUGUUGAUUUUAGUCAGGGUUUUGAUCCAUUUCGAGUGUUGUUGGAACAACAUCAAGACGAACAACUCAAACAAACAUUUGGUACACCACAACAUUAUCAAGAACGAACCGCACAGCGUGAUAACAACAAACAAACACCAACCAAUAACCGUUUAAUUUUGGGUUUGCGUAGCGAAAGCACUGCGGCCACUGAAACCGAAGAGCCAACCAAAGAAAAAAAGAAGAAAAUUCAACGCCGCAGCAGUAGCACCAACAACAAAACCAAAAGCCGAUACAAUAACAUCAACACAAAUGCACAACGCCACAGCGAAAUUGACGAUGAUGCAUUUUAUGAUGAACAUGAUGAAAUGCCCAUUUUUUUAUCGAAUCAAACGAUCUCAUCGAAAAAUCGCAUUUAUAAUAAUAAAUAUCGAAAUUUUAGUGAUGAUAAUUUGGAUGAUUUCAUUGACAAUAAUAAUUUCAACGAGAGUCCCAAUUUAAAGUCGAAUUUUAAGCGUACAUCGACAGUAAAUGGUAGCACCUCAUCGUUACCGUUGCCGCCAUCGUCCUUUGUUAAUUUUCAUCAAUUCAAAGAUUUUCCCGUUGGUUUAUUGGCAUUACGGCCGAUUCGCAUGAACGUGGAUCGACAUUUUAUACGGGCGGCUGUACGCUUAUUUGCUGCCACUUGGGAGAAAAUUAAUAGCAGCAAAUCGAUUUUGAAUUCAAUACCAUCACAACAGCGACCCAUCACCACAUCAUCAUCGUCAUCAAUGCCACAAUCGCGUCGAACACAACAAAAUCGAAAUGCACAAGGCACAACCACACUGUAUAAUGCCAAAAAAUUUGGCAAUGAAAUGAACAGCCGAAAAAUGAGACGUAAACGCAACAUUCAUACGGUUAACAAAUUACUUGUAAAAAUCGUAAAAUUGGAAAAUGUAAUCGAACACGACCAUAAGCAUGAGCAUUAUGGUGAAUACGAUGAUGAUGAUGCUGAUGAUGCUGUUGUUGUGGAUGAAGUGAGAAAACAAACGGAACCACAAACGGUGCCCGCAAAAAUGCAAGUUAACAGUUCUCUAUUUCUAAAAGAGUUAAACAGUAUUAGUGAUAAGAAUAAAAAUAGCGUUACUAUUGAACGAAAAAGAAAACGGCGAUUAGCCGAACAAAAAACUAUUGAUAAACAGUUAAUAAAAUUUAAUAGUAGUUUUACAAGUGACCUACCAAAUAAUAAUGAUAAUAUUAAUAAAAACACAAAUAACACUUAUUACAUUAACAAUAGCGAUAGUGUUAAUUUAACAAAUGUGAACGUUAGUUUUAAUCGAAAUUUCAGUGGCUUAUGGAAACAAAACAGUAAAAAUAAGAGCAAUAUUCAUUCAUUAAAUGGCACGCGACACCAACAAAUAAUUGUAAGUGAUGAAAGCAGCAGCAACAACAACAAGACAUUACAGUUCAAUGCAUCAAAUGUGACAAAUCAACCGGUGGCUGUCAUUGCUGCUCAAUUAAACCGCAAUGACCCUCACUCAACAACUGAGUCGAUGGCCAAGCAAGCAAGUCAAUCGAUAGUCGAAAAUUUUUUAAAUCAUCGCUCAUCAGAAGAUGUACGACAUUCGUCGCCGUACAAGCGACAAAAUACAUGGUGGUCAACGAAAAAAGACAUACCCACAUUGGCAACACAAUACAAACGACCGCAAUACGAUACGAACAACAAAAAUGCCAAUCAAUUAGCGAACGCUUAUCGCAUCACCGAUCACGAUUAUACGAAUCCGAUAAAGUGUGAAACGCCAAGCUAUUUCGGUGGAUGCUAUGGCACAUCCACCAGACAGGAUAUAAAAAAUGCUGAAUAUUUUUCAAGAGCAUUAAGAGAAGCAACGAAAUUGGCAUUGUCUGGACGAACAAUUUAUAAUGGUAUCAACGAGAAAGCCUUAACAACCAAUUUUGAUUUAUUAAAUUUGGUGCCGAGCGAUCAUCCGUAUCAUGCAAAAGUUAAUAAUAACCAAUCGUUUCAAAGUAAAUCCACGGCACAUAGCUCAAAUAAUAAGGAGAAACGGUCGACAACAACAGCAAAGGGUUCAAACGGAGCUUCGACGACAAAGUGGCGUCGCGUUGGAUUAGUUUCUGCCUCGAGCGUUCAAUUAGAUACAAUUGUUUGGCCAGGUGGUGAUAUUGUUGUUUCAGGUCUAUCGGCCGGAGCUAGAACUGUAUUUCGUAUUGUGACUGCAUUGGCGCCGCCAUUUGUCAUGGAAUCUGAACUGGACGAAGACGGUUUAUGUUUACGUGGUUUGCCAUGUCACCGAGUAUCCCCAGUCGGACGACACAAUUUGACACUGAUGUUCAAUGCAAUCGAGACCCGUGAUCGGUUGGAAGAGGAUGCAGUUGAACAUGGAAAUGAUUUGCCACCCGAACCGGAGCAUCUUGAUGAGAAAAUAUCGCACGUCACAAAAUGUUGCUAUGGACUUACAAUGGAUUUACUCGAUAACAUUGCCACGGAAUUGAGUUUCGAAUUUCAUCUUUAUGUGGUGCGAGAUCAACUAUUCGGUUCGAAGCAGCAACGUGAUGUUGAAGAUUUCAUUAAAACCAAUUCAAAAUUGAGCGGCAGUAAUGGCCACGAUGAAGGUACCCCGAACAAGCCUACAGAUCAUGAUGUCGAUGAAGAGACAUCUAACACUGAUCAAUGGAAUGGAAUCAUUGGAGAUUUAGUUAGCGGUUCUGCCGAUAUGUCAUUUGCAUCAUUGAGCGUUUCCAAGGACCGUGCGAAAGCGAUUGACUUCAGCAUACCAUACUUUCAUAGCGGAGUUUCUUUGCUAGCAUCGCCGAAACGAAAAUCCGAAAUUCCAUUGUUGGCCUUUUUGUUGCCAUUUUCACCCGAACUUUGGAUUGCCAUUUUCACUUCAUUGAAUAUUACAGCGGUUGCUGUCGCAGUCUAUGAAUGGCUCAGUCCGUUCGGUUUAAAUCCGUGGGGACGACAACGGAGCAAAAAUUUUAGUUUGUCAUCGGCAUUGUGGGUGAUGUGGGGAUUAUUGUGUGGUCACUUGGUUGCAUUUAAGGCGCCAAAAUCGUGGCCAAAUAAGUUCUUGAUAAACGUUUGGGGCGGUUUCAGCGUUAUAUUUGUUGCAUCUUAUACUGCAAACAUAGCUGCUUUGAUAGCCGGUUUAUUUUUUCAUCAUGCAGCCAGUAGUUACGAUUCUUCGCUUACGACACAGAAAGUGGGAGCACCAAUAGCAUCGGCUGCAGAAUCAUAUGUACAAAACAAGGAUAAACAUUUAUGGGAGCACAUGAAAAAAUAUUCAUUGAAUCACAUUGAAGAUGGCAUACGUGGGCUAAAAAAUGGUACACUUGAUCUUUUGAUGGCCGACUCCCCCAUUUUGGACUAUUAUCGGGCCACCGAUCAUGGCUGUAGUUUACAACGCAUCGGUGAAACAUUCGUUGAAGAUACGUAUGCCAUUGGUUUUGUGAAAGGAUUUCCGUUGCGUGAGUCAAUAUCGGCAUUAAUUGCCAAGUAUUCGAGUAACGGUUACCUGGACAUUCUCACCGAAAAAUGGUAUGGUGGUUUGCCGUGUUUUAAAUAUGAAGCGGAAAUUGUGACACCAAGACCCUUAGGUGUGGCUGCUGUAGCUGGAGUUUUCCUAUUGCUCGGCCUGGGCAUGGUAAUGGGUGUUGUAAUUUUGAUAUUUGAACAUUGGUUCUAUAAAUAUGCGUUGCCAUCGUUGCGUCUGAAACCAAAAGGAACCAUUUGGAAAUCGCGUAACAUUAUGUUUUUUAGUCAAAAACUAUAUCGAUUUAUCAAUUGUGUUGAAUUGGUAUCACCGCAUCAUGCUGCACGCGAAUUAGUACAUUCGAUUCGACAAGGACAAAUUGCCAGCUUAUUCCAAAAAAGCAUCAAACGGAAGGAGGAUGAACAACGUCGACGCCGUAAGAGCAAAGCACAAUUCUUUGAAAUGAUCCAGGAAAUUCGAAGGGCACAGCAAGUUGAGCGACAAAAUUUGGCGGCGGUUGCUGAGGCUGAAUCGCAAAAAGAUACUGUUAAAAGCCCACCGUUAUUGUUUAAGCCACGUGCCAGUCCGAAGCCUGGUAUAUUUUCGGCGUUAAAAAAAGAUGGUCGUUCACGUUCAAAUUCAUCGGUAUUGACACCGCGACGAUUUAGCACGGAUAGCAUUUUAGGUGAUAGGCUGGAUUCAAUUGGUCGUCGAUUAAGUCGUGAUUUAACGAAUUCACCGCCGGAUCUGAAUAGACGCUACGAUUUUGGUGGUAAAAACGAUCUAUCGCCGAAUAAAUAUGAUACUAUAUCCGGAUCAAAUCUCAGCGCACUUGGUAUAAGCAAAUCAAAUGAAACACUUUCAAGUCGUUAUGAUACAUUUAGUGGGAAAAAUGUUGAAAAGACAUCCAUACCAGUUAAAUUAAAAAAGCACGGCAAACGGCCGAAAAUUAGUUUUGAAUCAUAUCAUCGUGAUAGUGUUGAUGAUAAAGAUGAAUGUGAGGAUGAAUUGCCGGCGGUGAAAGAGGGUUUGGAACCAUCAUUUCUGCAAGAGGAUCGACCUACCGCUAUUCUACGACUCAAAUUACAUGAAGAACUACGCGCCAAACAUCCACCGAUUCAGACAAAAUCAACCACAACCGUUGUAGAUCAAGUUGUACCGAAUUCCGUUAUUCGACCUCCAAUGAUACCGAAGAAGGUGGUCAUUGUACGGCAUCAACGGCAAAAAAGUCUCGACAAUUUGGAUGUGGUUCAAACCGAUAAAUCGAAAACAUCAUCAUCAUCAUCACCAUAUAAAAGUGAUGAAUCUGGCGAUAGUUUGACAAAAAUGAAUCAACGAUCACAAAUCAGUUUGGAGCGAUUAAGCCGUGAGGAUCUACUGCGUUUGAGCCAUAGUUCACAGUCGGAAAUUCAUGAAUAUCUAAAAGGUUCAUCGUUACCGGAUCGUUCUGCUGAACCACCGUGAAUUCAACCAGACUAAUAAUAUCCAGGUAAUCUUUUGGAAACUCACUCUCUUGCAUAGUUCACUAGUUUGCUGUAGAGAGAGUGGGUAGAAAGAAGAAAUUUUUUCUCGCAUUUGGCUUGCGAAUGCAUUGCUGUAUGUUGCCAACGCCAUAUCGCCAUUUAAUAUCAUCUAGUGCUGUUGUGCACAAAUACACAUACCGGAUGCAGAGAUUGUUUUUUGUCCGAAAAUCGGAAUCGCAUUUGUGAAAUCAAUCGAUUUGUUAGUAGCAUUUCAUUACAAGAAUUUAGAAGAAUUGUGACUUGAACUUGAAUUGAAAGUUCAGAUUAUGUGUAAAUGAAUAACAUGCCGUUUUAAUCAGAUUUUUAAUUUUAAAAUCAAAACCAACUAAACAACAGUUACAACAACAAAUACCUUAGCUAAUUAGUAUAACAAUACGCUCAUUUUUAGUAUCGGCGCGAUAGACAAAAACA